UGAAAGAAAACUGAUUGAAAUGUUAUAUGCAGCAGCGAGUAUAAACGAAUUAGUGCUGUUCGCUAGAAUGUGAAUACAGUUCUUUUAGACAGCUAUGGCGUAAGUAUCCUUAUUUACUCCUGCGCAAGAAUUUUUCGGAGUUAUGAUGACCAUAAAUAUAGCGAAGAAAAUCCAAGUUUUGCAAACGUUAUUCAGGUAAGCACUUUCGCUUAUUGAAAUGUUACAUCUGAAAUAAAAUAUGAUAGGCUGGAGCAAAGGAUAUUGACACGAUUCAUUUAUGUGAGUUAUUACUUUUCAAAAAGAAUCUGAUUGUAGAUGUGAGUAUACAAGUCUUUGAUUCGCCUUCUUCACAAAGUAAUCUUCUAGCUUAAACGACACUAUUCGCAUCUCUGGAAAUAUGCUUUUUUUGCUCUACUUGUUAAUGGUCAGAAUUAUAAUGAACGUUGUAAGUAUUUUUUUAAAAGAGCGUGACUGAUGGGUCACAAAUAUUUAUGCGUGACACGGCAUUUUGCGUGGGUGGUGCGCAGCGCCCGGCGUUGCGUGACGUAGAGAGAGGGGCCAGAACUGGACUACGCCUGGCUACGUUGAUAACGAGGCGUGGACCAAAGCGGCCCACGCAUCAUCUAAACUAUUGCUAUAGUCUGUACAGGCGCUGGACGUUGUAGACUAAAAAGGCUAAGAGGUCUUUAGUCUCCAAUACGAAGCCAUUCUUUAGGAGCGCUAUGCGACGAGGCAAAGAACGGCUUUGUGGGACUGAGACCUAGAAAGAUCUUGAAAAGAUGCAGGUGACUGACUAUUGCCUUGACAACUACCUGAAAGUCAAUUAAAAAUCCCAGAAGGAUGAAGAGGGGUCGAAUGAUGAGGGCUCCGAACUUUAAAAUUCGUUGGCUUCCCUGUUCGCUUUGACUGCGAGUUGUGAGUGGAUUUAUUAACUGCUAGCAGGAGAGUUCAACUCCUCUGUAUAAAUUUGUGCGACUAAGAGUCAACUUGUAUAUGUUGAAGUUAUUUUUCUUUUCAUUGUUUUGGGGCCAUGGUAAUGUAUGCUAAUGAAUUUGAAACAGAGGAAAAACAAAAAUUAACGCAAAUAAAAAAGUGAACUACAAAAUAAUCAAGAUAUUAAUAUUUUAGCUUCUCAUAAGUCUUCGAAUUCCUGGAAGAUCGUCAAGUUAACUUCAUUGGACAAUAUCGUAUCUUUCGAUCAUUUAAGAGUCUUUCUUUCCUAUUUUUUUGGGAAGUGUCUUGUACGCUUAUAUGAAAUUAGUGAUACUCCUGAUCCAGAGCGGACAGCGUCAGUCCUUGAUCUUCUGUUGAGAUCUUCCAUUCAUUCAUUACUAGUAGCUGACGAAAAGACAAAAACCCGCUUUUAUGGAAAUAUAAAUGGGGGCGAGCCUACUAAAAAAUACUUACAACUUUAGCUAUAUUUUGAUGAUCAAAUAAAUGUAGUAGAGUUGUUUUAACUCCACCUGCCGUUCGCAAUUUCUUUGUCGAUCCGCAGCAAUAAAAUCCAAUAAGGUGAUAUGAGAACAGGUUCUCAUUUCUGGCUGGUGACGCAGUACCUACCCCACCCUUGGCAUCUCUCUGGUGGCAUACAGUUACGUCAUCAUGCCGGGCGGAAAUGGUGCGCAAGCGCGCACUUCACGUCGAACAACAACAUGGCGAAGCUGGAAAGCCAGAGAGGAAUAGACACCGCUUUUGACUCUUAUUUUAAAAGAUAAUGACUGGUUUGGUCAAGAACCAGAUCGUGAAGCAGCUCGCCAGGUACUUUUGCCAUAAAGUGGUCCAAAAUGUCCGCGAUGUUCGUGAGAUCUGCUCGGCGCGAUAAACGGGAAUGUGUGCACGUGAACUUGUUGGACAGGUUUUUUAAUGCUGUGCAUUUUCUUUCAGGUUCACAAAGAACCUCUCUCCCAACAAAAUCAGCGUGAAGUUUCUUAAGGGAGAAGGCGAACUUCACAACCUUGAACUAGAUGAAACAACUCUUUCAGAGCUUCUGGAGUUGCCACCAUGGAUUCGCCUUACAAAAGCUGUAUGCAACAGAAUUUCCGCCAAGGCAAGUUAUUAUCAGCAUACGGAUGCAUUGUUGAAUUUAUUAUAUUUCCUUAAGCACAUCAAUUCAUAUUUCACUUCAUAAUUUGUUUAAAACUUUUUUGACAAUGACAUUUUUAGAACGAAGUCCUUCAGUCAAAAACAGAGCAGUUUUGGUGAUUAAACUGUUUACAGAUGUUUUACUUAAGAGCAGAACGUCUCAGAACGUCUCAGAAGCCUGAUAAAGUUCUGUCAUUUCUGUCAUCUGUUGAGGAGCUGAUGAUGAAAAUAUUAAGUCUAUGAUGAACAAAUGUGGAAACGACGUUUGCUUAGGGUUAUAAAUAUUAAUCUGUGUUGAAUCUGAGUUUUUUCCUGGCGAUAUUAUUCAACUGCCUUUAUGAUUUUCAUUUUAAAGUUUUACUAUAUGAUGACAACAAAAACUAUUGUAGUCCUUUUAGUAGCCUAGCGUCUUUUUAAAGGGACAAUGUGUUUCUUUUCCGAAUGUAUUGACAUAGAAUUUAACCAACACUGUGGAUUAUGUGCUUGAUCACGAGUUUAAAUGCUACAGACUUUAAGCUUAAGUAAAUCUUCAUUUGCAUUAUUAUUGUAACAUGACAACCUUUUACUUGACAAGUUUGUAUUUACUGCAUUUUGUAAAGUGCUUAAAAUGGUAAUUCAAAACCCCCCAGGUUAAACGUAAUUAUUUUUGUAGACAAUAGUCUUUUGCUUAAUUGGAUAUUCUUUUUGUCAAAAGGUUUCAGAAGGAAAUAAUUCUAGAUUCUUUAAAACAUCAAGAGCACCUGUAUAUAGUAUCAUAGUUGUCGAAUUGUCAAAUUUGGUAGGAACGCCAGUUUAAAGUGUCAAAAUAUCUUUUGUGUGCAUCGCAAACUGUUGUCAUGGAAAUUUUGAUAAUCUCAAGCCAGAAUUUUACAGGUGAAACUGUCACUGGUAACUGUAUCCAAGUCUGAGUAAGAACGUUUUUCUUUGUAGAAUUUUCUUGAAUUUGACUUACAUUGUAGGAUUAGAAUAUUUGUACUCUUUUAAACCAACGGUACCCAGAAGGAAUCAGUAAAAAACAGAUUUGUUGGGAAAUAACACUCUUGAUGUAUUUUUCUACAGAUUCACUGGACAAAACUUAAAACAGAUCCAAUUUGUCUGGUACGUGUUUGUUGCAUUUUACAAUGUAGUGCUCAAAUAUUUCUAGAACUACAUUUCCUACUGAGAUAAUUUGACAGUCAGUAAUAAUACAAUAUAAAUUAAUAGAUCUUGCUAGAGCUAAAAGCGAAGCUCCCAUUUAUGCAUUUUAAAUGUUCUUCACGCAAUGGACUUUAAAUCACUACUAAGAAAUCCGCAAAUCUAUACUAAACUUUAGGGGAGAACCACAUGACUUGGAAACAUAAACUUAAGCCUGCGAUCAGUUAAAAGCUAACAACUGGUCAGUGGAAAACUUCAAAAAAAUAUGUGACCUCAAUGAGUUGGCACCAGAGCCCACGUUACAGUCAUGUGACACUGGUCAGCCGAUACCCUGUUUUGACAGCCGUCAAUUGGCCAUAAUAUGGAUGUCUAUUAUCAACUUAAAUACAGGUUACAGGCUCCCACACUAGGUAGAAAGUUUGACAUUUCACAUUGGUUUCCCUGGUGGUAUGUGCCAAUGGGACCCAGGUACCCUUAGCCUAUACCAGAGCUAGUUCAAGUGAAUUUUGCUACCCUAUACUAGACUAGACUCCCCAAAUCCUGUUUUCCAGAAACAACUGAGGUCACUAACACAGUCCAGCCAGAACAAAACCGAUUUGAUUUUUUUAUAUUCUUGAGUGGCAAUUCCCGGUUUCCCUAGUCUAGACUAAAAUCUUCAGCCAAUUGAUCAUUUUAAAUUUGAAGUGAUACCCUCUUCUAGACCCAAACUCUCUGAUUUAUAUACCCUAUCCCAGCGUAAGCUGCUUCAAAACCAUUCCCUUCACAGCGGCACAUACCUAUAUAGCCCAUAUACGGCAGUACCCCCCCCCCCUCCCGUGGGGCACUAAGUAUUAAGUUCAGUACAGAAUUGACCUAAAACAGUAAUAACCUCACGGCACCCCACUGUAGCCCCUUUAAAGGGUUAAUUUUAUCUUGCAGUAUCUUGACCGUGUUGAGGUUAACAUGGAAGCUGUCGACAGUGAUGUUAACACGCCACCCACCAGUUCGCCACAGAGAAACCCUUCCCACGCGCCUCAUCAACCUCUCAAGUAAGGUUUAAAUAAUCAAGGAUGUUGACUGUUUGUAUUUGGGUUGUUAGAGAUGUGAAUUUUCUUUCAAAAUAGCUACUUAAAAUAUGUAAGACUUCUUUCCAUUGUACACGUUGCAAGUGUAAACUCAACCCUAACUAGAAUUUAUUAAAGGUAAUCGUAUAAACAUAACAACUUUCUUUAAUUUUCCAGACAUGUUUCGGCGGUACAUCCGUCAUCUUCAGUGUUACAUAUUUUGAAAUCGCCGUUGAAUUUAAAGCGCGCGCGAUCUUACAAAGUUCGUUACAUUGCGUUGUCAAUAUUGCGUACUAAAACAAAGUUAAAUGAGUGACGCUUAGUUCUUUACAGGGAGAGAGUCAGGUUAAUGUGUUUCACCUGCUGGUUGAGAUCGGGCUUCUCCCAUUUUAUGAACAUGGAUUCCUUAAGCUUCACUUGGUACUUAGUGGCUGCACUAUUAUUUAUUUAAGGUAAUACAAAGGAAUUCCAUUUUUUAAAUGUCAGUAAUUGGAAAAGAACAUUAUGUGAGGCUUUCAUCCCCUAAUUUUUGUUUCCCUGUCCAAAAACAUGAGUCAUCAAAAGUAGAGGUUGCUUAAAAAAGAAUGAAACAAAGCUUGCUUUGUUGGAUUAAUAUCAUUGUAAGCAAAAAAGAAAAGGUCCUUUUCUCUCCAUUACAAAAGAGGCCAACUUCAAUAUUUUUGACCUUGAAUGAUGCUUUCAAAAUGAAACACAAACUUCGGAAUUAAUGCACUGUGCAAUGUUGUUUGAGUGUUAAGGUCACUUGUCAUAGUGCAGGCAAUCUGAAGUACAGUCGACUCCUGGUAACUUGAACCCUCAAUAACUUGAACCUCCUGCUAAUUCAAAGCAAUUUUCAUUUCCCAUCAGAUUGUUUCCGAUAUAAUUUUACCCUCGAUAACUCAAACUCCUGAUAACUUAAUAUAAUUUGAACUUUUUUCUAUUUCCCUUGAAGGGUCGAAUUAUUGGGAGUCAACUGUACCAGAUGUGGAGCCUCCAACUCCCUAGUCAUUAAUAACUCAAGGUUCUUAGUUUUUGUUUUGGUAAAUUACUCAAUUUUGGAACAUAUUGAGAAAAAGUUUACCAAGAAAUGAGUUAGAAUUAAUUACAAUGUGUAUACAACAACAAAUUAGAAGACAGCCUGAUGUUCAGGUUGAAGUUUUACAUUUUGCGCUAUGUUGUUUAUUCCUGUAGGGAAAAACCUGCCAACAGGUAUGGCUUUGUUGAGAAAGUUGUGGAUGGAAUGUUUGUUCAGAUCAACUCUGUGAUCAUCUCAUUUAAGUUUCAAGCUUUCCUUGCAACAUUCCAGAUGUCACGUUUGUUUAUACAAAGUACAAACCCCAAAUGGGAAGCUGAUGAUCUGCGGAAUACGCGUGUGAAGGAUGAAACAAGAGGAGAAGUAUUAACCUUUAAAGAAAUAACAUGGUCUACUCUAAGGAUAGAUGCCAAUGCAUUGUAUGACGUAAGAAAAUACCUUCUUUUCAUUUUCUUGUACAAAUGUACAAUGAGUUUUUUUUGUACUACCAUAUUUUGUUUCAAAGAGCUGCAAUUAGGAGUGAAGAUAUCAAUAAGUGCUGUCUCCAAAUGGGCUUCACAUCACCCAAACAACCAUGCGGCACCCACAUAAAUUGAUUUUUAAUUUUUGAAAGUUAUUAGUGGUGAUUAAAUUUAUUACUAUUGUUAUUGUUAUGGAUGUAUUUUAAUAGUUUUAUUUUUCUGCAGGAAAAGCUAGACCAGCAGUCUACUCCUCUGCGACUUAUCACCAGUCAUUCAGCUCUCCAUAUUACAAUCAAGAAACGUCUGGAAGACUGUGCAGUCCUUUCUGCAAGACUGGAACUUUUGUUAGAUGAUAUUUUAUGGGUUCUUACACAAUCUCAACUGCAGGCAUUUUCUGGUCUAUUACAUUCUGUGACCCAGGCUAUGUCGCAAACAGCCCGGAAAGGGCCUGAAACCAAUCCUGGGCAACCUGUGAACCCAGUUACCCAACAGCAACAAACUUCUUAUGCAUCCUCACAGGUGAACGAAUCCAAGACUGACAUUGAAUCGUUAAAUGCACUUUUUACAAAAUAUGACGUACGGGAAACAGCAUAUCAUGUGAGGACAGGGAGCAUUGAUCUUCACUUAUGUGAUGACACCGAAACCGCGGGCGGUGAUGGCGGAGCUAUGCAUUUGCAAGUAAAUAAAUUAUCAGUGGAUUAUUAUCCCUAUCAUUUAGCUGGGACAUCAAGGACUGACUGGCCUUGCCAUAAUGAAGCAUCCUUAACUCGUGCUUACUGGGUCAACCAACUUCUAAAUGCGUUUAGGAACUCACAAAGUAACAAGCAAAUGUCACCUCACAGAGCAACGCAGACCCAUCAUAGAGCCAGAAGUGAUGUAAGUAUACAUUUUGUACAGUAUAAACAUUUGCUAUGCUUCUCUAGUGCAACCAGUUGUAUGGCUUCUACACCUGUAUUAACUCUUCUCUUGUAGCAGCCAUAGUAAGAAAAAAAUGAUCCUUGGCUUUAUCUAAAUGUUUCCAGUUACGUGCUGUGUGAACUUGACAUAGUCCAGUAGCAGACAAUAUAUGUAAUAAGUAAAUUAUUUAUUUUUGGUUUGACUGUUAAACCAGUUUCUUGAAGCUUGUGGGCUUAAACCUUCAAUGAAGCAUACCAGUAACUGAUGUGGAAAGCUGUUUUUUAGAUAAUAAACUACUACACUUAUUUUGUUAUGGCAGAGUUCUGUUAUUGGUGGUAAUGCCAGAGAAGGUCCCCAUCAUCCAGGAUCAACAGUCAGUAAUCCUUCUUCACCUCGUUUAAGCUCCAAGAGAAACCACCCUUCAAGUUCAGCCGCAACUUCACGACAAUCAGCACAUUCUAUCAGGAACAGUAUGCAGCGUCCUGUUUUCAUGCUUGAAAGUUGCUUUGUGGUUCGCUGUGAGGAAUUUUUCAUCAAGCCUGUAACAACUUGUAAUGUUUCAAAGGAAGAAAUACCAUUUUUAUCAUCUGAUAAAAAAGCUCUGUAUUUACCCACCGACAUGCCUGCAUUUCAACUGGACUUCACGCAGUACUAUUACCCUGGCACUGUAGGUUCACCAGGUUAGGGGUUAAAUUUCCUCUUUUUUUUGUUACGUGUAUCUCAAGGUGAAUGCCAGCCUUGACUUCUCUACGGUUUUUGAAUUUAAACUUAAAGGAAGAUCUAUUAUUAAUUUUAUAUUUAAGAUACAGAAGAGUGUAAAAGUUGUGGUGAAUAGCUGUUAACUGGGUUACAUUAUACAAUAUUGUGUAAACAGACGUAAAAGCUGGAGUACUACUGUAUAUUUCUAAUGUCUUACAUGUAAGUGCGUGGUUUGUACAGAAGUUCAUGUCUGUGGUAGACAGAAGACAAUGUAAAUUCUCUGACUAACUACUAUAAACAUGUUUUUUAGACAUUUCUUAUAGUGGAAUGAGUUGAAUAUGCUUAAAAAUAUUAAGACUUUAUUUUCAAAUGAUCUUUUUGUUUCGUAUUCUAGUACCCUGCCCAAAUGUGUUUAUUCAGCUAAAUCCCAUUCAGCUGACACUUGACAUACCAACCUGUUUGUGGCUCAAUAGCUUUGCAAGAAGCAUUCUUGGACAGAGAGUAAGUACUUGUUUGCCUUUUUCUGCACUCAAGAGUCGUUUUAAAGAAAGUGGUGCUCGAUUGAAUUCUCUUGCGUUUCAACUCUCAAAAGCCAGGGUAGGCUCUGCACUUUGUAAUGUCAUGAGCUUGGCAUGGGACAAAGAAGUCCUGGAUGUCAGUUGAGCUCUGUAAACUAUGGAGGAACUCAUGGACUGUAUUCACUGUCAAAUAAUUUAUAGGAAUUAGUAUUUAUUAUGUUUAUUGUGUUAUGGCCAAUCACAGUGAAAGUCAGGGCAAGACAUACAAGUAAUCCACAAACACACAAAAUAAUAUUUCUUUGGCUGUUUGUGGUUUAGUUUCCCAUGCCUGAUGAGCUCUUCCCUUCAUAAAUAUCUCUAGUUUUUUUUAUUGUUACGUGAGUUUCACAGUAAAACGCAUCCUGGAUGUUGCAAACAGUGUCAAAUGCAUCCUGUGUGACAGAAAAAUGAAAUAUUAGUAUGGCGUAUAUUAAUGAGAAAGAUGUUAAGUAGACUGAAUGUUUUCUUUUCAGACAUGGUCUAUGGGAACACCUGAACAAACGAACUUUCCUUUGAAUCAUAUUGACAUUAGAAUUGAAGGCCUCAUGCCAAAGGUGGGUGUCCUGUGAUAUUUGGUAAGGUACUAAGGGAGUAGUUGAACGGUGUUGUGAUAAGAUGUCUUUUGUUGUCUCUCCAAUCUGUGAAGUGCGAAAUGCACGCGUUAUGUAAUUUGUUGUUAAUAACUUUGUAGAGAAUGUCUAAUCGGCCAAAGAGGAAAAUACUGUACCAUAAUAUUCUUAUACUACCUUUUGGUGGUGCCUUGUAAAUGUGAAUGUGACUUUUGAAUUACCCUCUAUUAAUUUGCGUGAACUGCACGUGUAAUGUAUGCAUUGCACUUGCAAAUCGUACAAAACAAAACUUUUUACAAAAGACUGGUUUACUUGAAGCACCACCCAAAAAGGAAUUUAAAUGAUAUUAUGGUAUUUUCCACUUUGGUCAGUUCAUGUUAUUGUAUGUUCCAUCUUUCAUAAACUGCGAGCAGUCUGUUAUUUUUUUCAGACUUAAAACCCUUUCUCUCCUAAUCAUAGUCAAAGAAAAAUUCACUGAAAAAAAAAGACAUUUUUUCUGAAAAUCGUAACAAAUGAAAAUUUCUAUGUAAAUGUUCUACCAAAGACGUUUCAUUUUAAAGGUAACACCCUAGGAUUUUGUCCACAGAUGAAAAGUUAUCCUGACAAAUAACGCCCGGGGUAUUGAUCCUUAUCCCUACAUGUCAUUGAUAUACUGUUUUAACGGGUUUUUGCAAAAGUAUCAUUCAUCAAAGUUGCUUGGUAGGAAUUUUUUCAUAGACGCAAGGUGAACGUUUUCCGUUAUUUCUAGUAUCAAACUUUACCGUGAUGGAAGUAGGUUAGCAUCUUGUGAUUUAGGUAACAGCUUAGUGUGCUAUUGCAGUAUAGCUUUUAUUUUAAUGGACAAGGUUGUUUGCACUUCUCCAUUUUGUUAUCUAUACCACCCACAAGCUCUGCACCUUGAUCCCAUCCUACCCAAAUCCGUUCCCAGGGCUUGUACUGUCCAUUCAUGGUUAUAGUGCUUUCUUCCUUUAAGUAAAUCUGUGUCAUGUGAUUUUCCUUUUUUCAGAUUGUCAUCCCUUGUCCAAGUGAUCCCUGUGCCGCCUAUAAAGAAUCUCGGCCCCAGGCUCUCCAGCUCCAAUCUUCCCAAGUAUUUAUCACAAAUUCAAGGACUGGGUACAAAUCCACCCAAACAGACAUGUUAAUGUUCCUACAGCCGUUCCUGGCAUCUAAGGUUUACUCGGAUUUUAACAGCUUUCCCUCCUUGAAUAGCGAUGUUCGACCUUUGCCUAAUUCUGCGUGGGUGAACGAUUGUAGUCUGUUGGUUAACAAUGGCAAAGUGGACCGCCUCAUGAAUGGCGUUUGUCAUGAUAUUUAUGAUACCCACCAACCUUCUCAGGUAUGAAAAAUUUCCUUUAAAUGUUUGGCUUCGUUGCACACAUUUGAAGGAUGCUGUGAACUGUGUAAUAAAGUAUUACUUUUGGGAUAGUUCAAGCGUCUAACUUUUCAUGUACCGAACCUAACCCCUUCUAUAAAGUACGUGAAAUAUCGACGUUUGAAUCAUUUAAGUCCAACAUAAUAUUGGAUCGACCCAUAAAGUGAGUUCGAGUGGUCCACUUGGUUCCUGUGUUUGUCGAGGUUUCUAUUGAACUCUUAUUUGAUAAUCUUGGUAUUGAAAAAUUCUGGAAAAAGUCUUGCAUUUGUUCCGAACUAUUUUAACACGCUGGUAGAUGAUUCUACUUUGAUUAUUUUUAGGUUUGGUGUAUUUCUGCCGAACAAGUAUGGCUGGAUUUCCUAGGCAUUGAGGAAGCAAAUAACCGACCAAUGCCGUUUAUUGAUGCUGUUCCUAUCCAGAUAUGGAUUGCUACUCCUGUUCCUGAGGCAGGCUACAAAAAUACAACCGCCAAAUCCCCUAUGGGUCGCUCCCAGAGUGCCAGCCCUCUUAACUCACCUCCCCACACGAGGACAAAUUCAGAGAUUUCUCCCAUGAGGAAAGCUUUUGAGCCGUCAAUAUUUGUCAAAGACCGAGCAGACACAAUUCCGUCGCUAGCGUCGUCAAAUUCAAUAUCUUUGCACAACAGCGAUUCUAAUGUAAGUCAUUUUCCCGAGGCUGUCAAUAGCAUUAGCCUGAGUGAGUCGUUAGUGCUCAACAGGCCUCCACCUGCUUAUGAAGGGAGGAAUGGGGCGGACAAGCAAACUUCAUCCGAAAGUGAACAGCCACCGCCGUACGAGAUAUUGGCCCAGAAUGGACCUGUGUUACCCGUGCCUCACUUUGAAGAAGCACCUCCGUUACCUGAGAAGGUUCCUCUCUCUGAAGAGUUCUUAAACGGCUUGACCGUGAAAGAAAAAGAAUCGCAACAAGAGCUUGAUUCCGUUUCCAAGGCAGAACUGAGCCUGCUCAUCCAAAUCCCGCAAACUGUAAAUAUUCAGUUAGACCACUUUCAGUUUGUGUUUCUCAUGCGUAUGCAGGAAAUGCUAGUUAAACUACAAGAAGACCUUGAAAAGGGUCAGUUAAUGGAGUCAAUGGAAUCUCAGCCAAUGAUUUUCUUUUCUAUCCUUGCACGGGGAGUAGACUUAAACAUAGUACUUCCUCCAGCGCCGGACCGUAAAGCCUCCCGUUUGAACAGGGAUCCCUCUCAAAACUUAAGUCGCAAUACCAGUAGCCUCAGUAGUUAUCCAGACACUGGGAUUGUGUCAGAUAGUGGUUGUCAAUCUCCGGAUGUGAUCGACUCCAAAUCUCACUCUAGAACCAACUCAGAUGGGUCUCCACAGUGGAAAGAUGGUUUACAGCCUACCAUGGAGAAUCACAGUCCUAGAGACGUGUCACAAUCGCGUCCCAAUUCAUCGCAGUCCACGUCUCAUACUUCUGGCCGCGCCAGUGUGUCGUCAGCGCCAGACACUGAUGGCUGGUUGAUGGUUGGUGCACAGGACAGCAAGUCCUCCAGUGGUCGAGUUACAAGCCAGACGGACAGUGAUGCCAGUAACGCUAGUAGUCAUCUGGAUGGUAGCGCUUCCAAAGAUUCCAACAAAAAAAGCCCAAAAAUGGUGUCCAUUCUUUCCAUCCAAGGCGAAGAAGUCGAAGUUGGACUGCAUUUUCAUGGAUAUGACAAAGUCAUCAAGAUUAUAUGCCCUGAAGUAAAACUGGAUGAGCUUGGCGUGGUUUCCUUUGACAAAUUCCUUAACCAGAAGUCAUUUAAAAAAUCGCUUAGGCAAAGUGCGCUUUCUUCUCCAUCGGAGGCCACUCCAAUGGUGCGCAUGCGUGCUGAGUUUGGCCCAUCUGCCGAAAGGCUGGAGCCAACAGCUGGGGAACGAGGUUUUAUGCAUGUCAAAGCCAAUGGUGUUAGUGGUACUUUGUUAGUCAGCACUUUAGGAAGCUUGGCCGACUGCCUUGAGGAUGAAAUUCUUGUUCCUCCGAUACCUUUCAUGGUGGAAGUCACUGAUUCAAAUGUCAGUAUUAACAAUGAUCUGCCUCCGGCGUUAGUAUCCGCGCCUAUGGCCAUCCCUAUAGAUUUAAACAUUGAGAACAUAGCUAUUCGGCGCGCACACACUGGCGUUUUCCACAUCAGGCCAAUGACCGCUGAACCGCAGGAACGAGCUAACGAACCGGCUGUCAUGCCAGUGACACGUCAGGAGUCUUUCAAAGCCAGUCAGCUGAGUCUGUCAGACUCAGCUUCGGUGUGUUCACGUGCCGAGAGUUUGGAGAAUGAAAAGCAGUGCCUGGUUGCUCAGAUGUCUGUUUCCCGUGCUGCAUUGCAGUCGUUACAGGAGGAGCGUGACGCGCUGUUGAAGACGAUUGAACGGCUGCAACAGGAGUUGUCGUUUUCCAAUCGUGAACAGGACUUGUUACAAGAAAAAAUGACCAGCUUCCAGAGAGGAGGAAGAAAGGGAUACAGAUAGGAAACGCUCAAAACAGACAAAAAAAAAAUGGAAACCCUCCGCUAGUGUGUCACAAUACGAUUUGUGGACUUCUUCUUCCAGGUAUCUGCUGAACGCACGGUCCUAGGAUAAGUAACAAGGAGCUUGGAGCAACUUUAAAUUGUGGUCUACACGCUCGAUAAUUUUUUGUCCGUCAUAGUUUUAAGAAAUUGGCUUCUUUGUGAAACGGAGAUCGUGGAAAGUGAUGUUCUUUUGCGUUUGUAAGGGAGUUUUUAAAUCGUUGGGGAACAAUUAAGAAUUUCAUUUUUGGAAACACUAGAUCCGGACUUAAUAGUUAAUUCGAGUGACAAUGCGAUUUUGAUAUUAUAAUUGCCUUUGCAGAGAACUGGGUAAUGGCUGUUCAGAUCUACGUAGUCUUCCGAACACUGCAGGAAUACUUAACACUGCUUAGCUGUCGAGUUGUCGCACUAACUGACCCGUCCUCAGUCCUUUUUCUCAGUUCUCUAGCGACGCGCAGGGUGUGAUGGGAACGAGGAAAGCUCUCUUCUUCCCUCUUAUCACUCCCUGCUCCCGCCGUGCGCGUCAUGCGAAGACGACUGGGGACGAGUCAAGUCGCACAAACGUCAUUCUAGUUCACGAAAUGUAUAUUCUGCGACCCUGCCAAAAUAUUUUAAAAGUACUAAUUUAUUGGUUAAAUAUCCAAGAUAAUUUUUUAGCUAGUUGAAUUAAAAAGCUUUUGAGCUAUUUUUAAUAACUAGAGUGUAGGAAAAGUAAAUAAUUUUAAUGGUAGCAAUGAACGUAAAACUGACAUAUGGUAAGCGAAAUAUAUUCAUGUAUUUCUUACCAGGUGAUAAUGUAUUGCUUUUUUUCUUAGAUUUGGCACAAUUUUGCAAUAUAUAGGGUGUGUAAGACUUUUUAGCAGCGUUUAUUUUUGGAAAAAAGACAAUUGUAUUUAAAUACCACUUAAGAAACACUGCGAACCAAUAUUUUAAUCUCGGAUAAUCCUUAAAAUAUUGAAAAACAGUUUCCUCACAUUUAAUUGCAUAUAAUUGGUGGUAUUGACUAGAUAUAAUGUAUGUGUGUGAUUUUAAGUUAAAUAUCAAAAAAGAAACACAGGGGUUUACGCUCUAACUAAGAUAAAGCACGGCCGAGUUCUUUAUGCCGACUUUCGAGUUCUAUGGAUCACAGAUGAAACAUUGUGUUGAGUGUUUGACACAGCUUCUUUGUUUGUAUAAGUGUAUUGAAUCAACAAGGCGCUGCCGAGUUUUUUUUAGUUCGACUGAGUUAUUAAUAACGCGAAAAACACGUUUUAGUUAAGGUAGAAGCAUAUUGUUUAAAAGUUUUUGUUUUAGGUUAAUGUUAAUUGCAAAAUGUUUACGGCUUUAAAGGCAGGUGACAACUUGAUGUUUUUGUCUAACAGCCAAUUCACGAAUAAAGAAAAUCGCAAAAUACGCUAUAACAGUUUAUAAGAUGUUAUAAAUGAUACCUGAACCCAAAUGUGA